GUUCGUGAAUGGAAUACCGUUCUCGAUCCUCCUUCUUCUGGUUCUGUACAAAGUGUCACCGAAUCCCAGGCUGGUCAACUCCUCUGUUUUUUGUUGCAGUGGGUUGCGUCGGCGAACCCCGAGAUUCAGACUGCCGGUCGCCAGAGUAUUUUGAGCGCUGCCAGUGCCCUGGUCAAACGCGCGGCUGCAGAGCAGGCUCAAAUAUCUGCAAAAGCAUGGCGAUCAGGUUUCACUUUGCCCAGAGGAGACUCAUCCAGUCGCCGUUUCCAUAUGACGACGCUGAUAACACCUCCAGCUGAUCCAGGACCUGCUGCUCCGUUAAUGACGUUUUUUGUUAACGAGUUGUCAGGUUUGCUUCAACCGCCAGUAACUUCCUCACAGGAGGUCAUAUCGCGCGUUUGCUUCGGGCUUUCGGUUCUGUCGGCAUUUCUCGACGAGAUGUCAAACACCGGUGACUUUACGAGGUUAAAUCUUCCACUUGAGGCCCACGUAUUCAUACAAGCCCGCUUCCAGGUAAUUAUCCUUAACUAG